AUGAACAACUGCCGCUAUCGUCACAUAUCACCUACCAAUCACACAACACAAAUGAGCCACUGCAAGACAGUGUACAGGAAGACUGCUGUAAGAGCUGCCAUGCUGAGGAGAGGCAGAAAUGGGCGGCCUGUGCAUUUGGCCUGGAGUGAACCACGGCAAGGGACAGAUGCCAUGGCGGCGAUCCAGACGUCAGACCACGAAGAGUGGGAGGGACAGACGAGGCCACAGAUCAGUUACUUGGAGCCUGAGGUGGAUUACUUGACCGGUUCCCCGGCUGUCUCUGAGGCGGCAGCCCUGCCCGGUACCGUACCGGUGAUGGGGGAGUCUUUCUGCACCUGUGACCAGCCGGAAGAGCUCAACCCAGGUUUUGGUGUCAUCAGUGACUGCCUGUGUGGGGAGGAGGAUGAGGGUUUUGACUGGGUGUGGGACGAACACUGUAAGUCCUCUGGAGCCUUCCUCAGCUGUGACAACAGGAAGGUGAGCUUUCACUCCGACUACAGCUGUGGCACUGCUGCCAUCCGCGGCACCAAGGAGCUCACAGAUGGACAACACUACUGGGAGGUCAAGAUGACUUCUCCCGUCUAUGGAACCGACAUGAUGGUGGGAAUUGGAACUUCAGAGCUGAACCUGGAGAAGUUCAAAUACAACUUUGGCAGCCUGCUGGGCCAUGAUGGAGACAGCUGGGGACUCUCCUACACAGGUCUUCUCCAGCACAAAGGGGACAAAGUGAAGUUCUCCCCUCGCUUUGGUCAAGGCUCAAUCAUAGGAGUUCAUCUGGAUACGUGGCACGGUACCCUGACCUUCUACAAGAAUCGCCACUGCAUAGGUGUCGCUGCCACCACGCUGCAGAACAAGAAGUUCUACCCCAUGGUUUGCUCCACAGCAGCCAAGAGCAGUAUGAAGGUGAUCCGUGCCUGCUGCACCCCCACCUCUCUGCAGUAUCUUUGCUGUGCCCAGCUUCGCCAAACGUUACCCUCCUGUCCGGACGUACUAAACGCCCUGGAGCUGCCCCCGGGCCUGCGGGUGCUCCUCCAGUCACAGCUGGGCUGGGUCUUCACCCUCAGCAGCAGCGGCCCUGAAACCUCAGAGCAGCAGGAACACUUGCCUGAGGAUUUCCAGGAGGAGAUGAGCCUGCCACCAAGCCCCAGUCCGAGCCCCAUCCCCAGCCCUGUAUCCACCCUGAGUGCCUGCGCCUCCCCCAGCCCCUGCACCAGCCCGAUUCCUGACACCGUCUCAUACUGUUGCGCCUGUCAGAUGUCAUCUCAGACUCAUUCCGGCACCUGCCAUUGCCCUCCGACUCCUCCCAGCAGCGACUACGACAGCUGCUGCUCCGAGCCAGAGGAUUAUAAAUGCAAAAGAUGCCGCUGGACAUGACGGCUGUUCUCUUGUUGCCAUCAGUGUCAAGGGCAAUCUUAUCUUUUAGCCAAUAUUUGAAUGGGUCAAUGCUUCUCUUUUUUUAACCUAGCAAUUUUGUUAUCAUCCAAAUGAAUGUGGAGAAAGGACUGAAUAUGUAGUGUGAGACUUUUAAUGCAAUUAGGAUGAAAUCUGGGCCCUUUAUUUCUCAAACUCGCCUAACAAGAGUUUUUUCUGAUUGUUUCAUUAUUAAAAUGUCAGUCAGUGUCUUUGCAAGGCCAACAAUAUGAGCAAACUAGACUGACCAAAAAAAAAAGAAUAUGACUGGAAAACUUGUGAAAGUGUGCACUUGUUUUCUCAGGGAUAAACUCCAGGAGGACAGGAGCUACUUUUUGAUACUGUGAAACUAACUUUUUGUAAAUGUAAUUUUGUAAUUUUGUUUGAAUAUCAACAGUGGUUGUGUGAUUUACUACUCAGCAGUGUUUUUUUUUUUAUUCACAGUUAUGUUUUUGGUAUUGAACUUUCUUACUAGGCAAUUCCAUAAAAUAAAAGACAAAUGAACAGUU